UCGAGUCAGGCGGUCGCAGGACGCAGCCUAUCUGUCGUAUUUCACAUACGCGCCGAAGAAGAAAAACUUUAUUGGAUACAGUGAUCGUGUCUGUACAAACUUGUAGUCGAUUUGAGCUUUAGAGCAUAUUAACAGCUUGUGAAGUGUUGUGAAUGAUGGAUUUAGAAAAUACCACGCUCACGAUUCGGACGGUACUGAUGUUCAGUCGGUGGCUCAAAAUAUUUGCGGAUCCCCAAAUGUUAUCGAUAUUUUAAUUUCGACACAAAUAAUAUUUAUGUGAGGCAAAAUGCAUCUGGUGGGGUGUUGUCGACACACUGUGUUGGCGUUACUCUUCAUGGUCGUGUCAACGUCCUCAUCUGAAUACGAGCAACACGGUUUCAUGGCAGGCAGUUCAUCUUCCGUGUUGGGGACGCUAACUCGCGUUGCCUCCAUCGUGGGCGGCGACGUGGACAUGCCGUGCGACUCCCGCCCGCCUAACCGCAACGACAGCUUACUGCUCGUCGUCUGGUAUAGAGACGACAACCCGGUCUACAGCUACGACACUAGGGUGUCCGGGCCAGCGGGACACUGGGCAGACGAAGCUUUUGAGGAGCGCGCCAUGUGGAACACGCAGCCUAGCAUCCUCAAACUGCACGACGUGCAGCCACGAGACCGCGCCACUUAUAGAUGUCGCGUUGACUUCCAAGUAUCACCGACUAGAAACUAUAGAGUCGCCCUCGACGUUAUCGAACUCCCAUCGAAACCAGUGAUCUUUGAUGAGUACGGGAAGGAAGUAGCCGGCGUGGCGGGCCCUUACAACGAGGGCGACGGCUUCAAGCUAAUCUGCUCCGUCAGUGGAGGUGUUCCCGCUCCUCGCGUGCAAUGGCUGGAGGGUGACAAGGUGAUGACGUCACUCAGCUCCCGAGAUAACCAGGGGAGUGGCAGCCGCUCGCUCACUCUGGUCAUCGUCAACGCCACUAGGAGACAUCUGUCCGCAGUAUACACGUGUUCGGCUGAGAACACGCCUCUCGCCCCACCGCAGCGGACGUCCGUUCGCUUAGAUCUGUAUUUGCGACCGCUCAGUGUGGAGAUCUUGUCCCGGGAGCUUCCACUGUCGGUGGGCAGGAGUGCGGACCUGUGGUGCAAGACGCACGGCGCGAGACCGCCAGCCAACAUCACGUGGUGGCUGGACGGCAAAGAACUGGAGGGCAUCACUAAACUACAGGACGUCGAACGAAACGAAACUCAGUCGAUGUUGCAGUUUACACCUAUGAAGGAAAACAAUGGACACGUGCUCACGUGUAGAGCACAACACGACAGAUUCAACCGAUCCGCUAUUAUAGAAACCCGACUGCCGCUGAAUGUGUUUUACGUACCGUCGGCGACGAUGCAUCUCGGAGCCAACAUGAACCCCAACGACAUAGAGGAGGGGGACGACGUGUAUUUCGAGUGUAAGGUCGACGCCAACCCGCCCGCCUACAAGGUGCUGUGGGAGCACAAUGGUGUCCUUUUACAACACAACACAGCCGCCGGCGUCAUUCUAACUGGCAACAGCAACUUGGCUCUCCGCAACGUGUCGCGGCAUCAAGCCGGCCUGUACACGUGUACCGCCUCCAACGUAGAAGGCGAUGGGAGGUCACAAGAUCUGAGGAUGCAGGUUGUUUAUCGGCCGUUGUGUAAAAAAAAGGAGAUAAAAUUGAUUGGAGCGGCGCUUCAAGAGGCUUCGAGAGUGGAAUGUGAAGUGGAGGCGUUCCCGCCGCCGGACACUUUUGAAUGGACCCUCAACAAUUCUGCAGGCUCUAUGAAAGUCGACCCCGAACGGUACACAAUACAGGCGCAACAAGGUAAAUCGGUGCUGACCUACACGCCAGUGUCGGAUAUCGACUACGGCACUCUGGCGUGUCGCGCCACGAACCUGGCGGGGCAGCAGGUCGCCCCCUGCGUGUAUACGAUCCUGCCGGCCACCAAACCGGACCCGCCCUCCAAUUGCACCGUAUACAACCUCACGCAUGACUCUCUGGACCUGAUAUGCUUUGCAGGCUACGACGGCGGACUGCAUUGCACGUAUGUGGUGGAAGUUUGGGCGAACGAGGGGCUGGUCGCUAACUCCACGAACACCUCACCGCACUGGAGUCUCCGAAGGCUCGGAGCUAAGCGGCAGCUGAAAGUCGUCGUGUACGCCGCAAACGCCCGGGGCAGAUCCGAACACGUGUCGUUUAGCGUCGAGACCGCUGUUAGAUUGGCUCCAAGAACUGAUGCCCAAGAAGCGUGGGAAGUGAACUGGGCUCUGGGAGGCGUGCUGGGAGCCGCCUUCACGAUAGCCAUCAUUUUAUGUCUCGCUCUCAUCGCCACGAGGAUCAAACACCGAGCUAGGGACUACGAAGUAACGCUGCAGACCAAAAACCAAAAAGUGACCGUACAGAAGCACUGCCCGGAUGACCGGAACCCAGACCUCAUCCCUCUGAGUAAAGGUAGCGAGAGUACGCCGGAGCCGCCGCAGUACGCUGCCGUCGUGAAACCUGAGGCCAAGAGCUCCGUUAGCAUCCACAGCCUCGCCCGCGUCCAGUCACCCACUCCUGGGCCCUUCCAGCACAACUCACAGGUGGAGCGCAUAUGCGUGAACAGCGCGGUCAGACCCCACAGGGAGAUCGUGACGACCAGGACCCCGCUGCUGUCCGAGCCCCAGGAGAGCUGCGUGUAAAUCCUCCGCUCUGCUCCAAGCGCCUACACUGAGAGCUUAAUACAUAAUAACAACAUAACUUUAGUCUAAUAUUAUGAUGCUGAUUCCUCUAGUUCUUGAUUUUUUUCCUUGCACCAUCAAGGAAAUUGAUUCCUAGGUAGUUGACGGACCUACGUCAGUUGGUCGGCUUAUGUCAAUCCAACGUUAGCUGUGAUCGGUCUGAUAGGUAUGCCGUAUGACAGAGCUCCCGCAGACCGCAGACUGUAGACUUUUAGUCGGCCGAGGGUUUGAUCGAAAGCUUAAUCAGUGCGAAGAUGUAUGCACGCUAAAAUAUUUGUAUCUGCCAAUUAUAAUUGAAACCCCAAUUUGAAAGAAAGAAGGAAAGAAACAAACUUUAUUUGGUAAACAAUACAAACAAACUAAACAAUUAAAAAACAUUUCAACACCUUUACCAAAUAGGUGCUUACUCAGCAUGUGUUGCGAUCGUAGUCGCAACGCUGGUUUUCAGUAAGCGCCUAAUUAUGAAAAUAAAAUAACGAAAUUAAAACUAAGCAUUACAGUGUCAUUUUAAAACAUAAACAAUAAGAUAAAGCUACUUAUAACAAUAAUAAUAACAGUUGCAUUAAUCACAAAAAGCAACUUACAUAUUAUUUAAACAUACUUAAUAUUGUAACUCUACCCGUUUGCUUAAAGAUAUGAGUAAAAUUAUUUUAUAUAUAUAUUACAAGUACUAGAAUUUUUUGGAUUUGCCCUACAUUUGGUCGAACUACCGGCCGACUAACAGGCUGUAGUCUGCGGGGGCUCUUAAAGCGACCAAAUUACUUAGGUCCGCCAUCUGCCUAGCAAUUAACUCCGCUGAUAGUACGUGUAUACUUUGAUGGAUGUAUUAUAAUUUGAUGGAUGUUUUUUUAUCCUAUAUAUACUUGUAUUAUAAUAUAAUAUACA